ACAAGUUGAUAAUGUGCAUGUGAUCAGAUGUACUGAAGCACAAGGUUGUGAUGUGAGACGUAUGUUAUGUGUAGGCUUUGCUAAAAAAAAAAUACGUUUUUAAUACGCACUUAGUCUGUUAUACAAAAGAAAUGAAGCAUAACUAAGCCUAUUUGUUUUAUUUUGUUUUCUAGGCAUAAUCUGUAAGCAUACUGCUGAAGAAUUGAUAUGUGCAUGAGCCACAGAAUCCAGGUUUCAGCAGCACUGCAACACACACCUCUGUCUUAUUGUAAUUGUGAUAACUUUCAACUUAAUGAUAUUCACUUAUUUAUUUAAGUGCAGCAUUUUGGUUCAUAUUAAGAGAGAAAAACCUCUACCACACUCAGUCACUGUUUAAAAUUGUAUGAUUUUUGUAUUUAAUUAGACAUUUGUUUCUAAUGAAGAUACAAAUUGCUAACCAGAAGACUACUUACUGUUCUGUAAACCUGUGAGCUAGUUUAGUUGUUAUAAAUUACUUCAUGAAUGACUUUGACUUUAUAAAUGACUAACUUUACUUUUUACAAAUAUAGGAGAACAGAAUAUCUUGUCAUUAGACUUUGUGUACAUGUGAAUGAAGAAAUGUGAUACAUUACAGAAGCCUUGAAAAAUAGAGAUUCUAUGAAACCAUAUAACAAAAAGCUAAGCAAAAUGUAAAUUCCUGACAAUGGUUAACAACAAAAAUACAACCAGGGGUAGUUAAUCUUUUUUUUUUUUUUAUACACAGAGGGAUCAAUAAAUCCACACUCUACCUGGAGAUCUGCAGCAGUGGGCUGCUCUAUUCACCCCUCUUCUUUCUCUUUAAUACAAAGUGCCUCUUAUAAUUAGCUCAGUGAUUCCAUGGGUGAAACACGAGAGAUAAUGCAGCUUUAUAAACUCAGCCAUGACCAAAUGAUGCCACCGUUCAAGGAGAACAACCAUUUAAACUGGACUGCAAGAGCACAGAUUCCUGCAAAGGACUGACAGAUACAACUAAAAAGUAAGCAGGAAAAAUGCACUUUAACAUAAAAUAUAACACAAAACAGUGGGAAUCAAUGUUGUUUUGUUUUUGAUACUAUUUUUAAAUGAUAAACUUGGCAUGUCAUUAUGCUGUAUAUGAAUUCCAUUUUGUGUUGGAAAUAAAAUAUGUAAAUAUGGAGAUGCUCAGCACAUAGGCUGUUGAAAAACCACCAGCUUCUUUUUUUUUACUUGUGAAAAAACCAUGAAUAAUGUCUGCUUGCAACAGUUUUUGAAACGUGGCCUUGGGUGGAGGAGAUACCUGAAGUGUACUCAAUUAUGGCAACAGGUGGAAGACAAACCAUUCAAAUUCUGCAAAAGAACAGAAGUACUAAGCAACCAGACCACAUCAAACCUCAGCCAAACAUCACACUUGAGAGCAAGUGAAAAACAAUAUUAUGGGACAAAAUACAAUAAUUUCCAUUGAUUUAAUAAGAAUUUCGAGGUGUAUAUUAGGAGUAUGAUGCUUAUUGCUAUUGAUAUACUACUUUGUCGCAGAGCAAUUGGACAGCAAAUCAAAGGCUGGAAAAACACUGGAGAUGCAGAAAUCCUGGGAGUCAAGCAUCUUCUACUCACUAAUAGUAGAAAGGUUUUGUUUUGGUGGCCAUGAUAUCAGCAUCCGUGAAUCGUUUGAUUCAUAUGGUGCCCUUGUCUGGCCUGGGGCAGUGGCUCUCUGCAGCUACCUGGAAGCAAAUCAUAAGCAUGUCAGUCUGCUAGAUAAGGCAGUGCUGGAGCUAGGAGCAGGAACUGGUCUGGUGUCCAUCGUGGCCUGUCUAAUGGGUGCAUGGGUGACAGCCACAGAUAUGCCUGGCAUCCUGGACAAUCUGAACUUCAAUCUCUCACGCAACACACAGGGCCGCUGCAGGUACACACCCCAGGUGGCCCAGCUGAUCUGGGGGGAAGUCCUGGACAAUACUUUUCCCAGUUCGAUCUAUAACUAUGACUACAUCCUAUGUGCAGAUGUUGUUUAUUACCACCACUGUCUGGAUGAUCUGUUAUUUACUAUGAAGCACUUUUGCAAACGUGGAACAACUCUGCUAUGGGCCAACAAGAUCCGCUUCCCCUCAGACCUGAAUUUUAUUGAAAACUUCAAGAAGGCCUUCAAUACCACACUGCUUGUGGAGCUUCCAGAUGAGAUGGUGCAAAUCUACCAGGCCACAGCAAAGGAGUGAAUGUGAGAAGACCCCAGGAACAAAAAAACAGAAAAUGAAAUAGAAAACAAAACUA